UUCUAGAACAUUCUGGCAACUACGAAUUCGGUAACUAGUUGCUUCUGGCCGUUUAUCGUUCAUUCGAAUUUGUUCUAUUAUCUAUAUUCGUCACAAUAUGUAUAUUUAAUCCGUUUAAAUUUUAUUUUGGCAACAUUGUCUUUCUAAAUGAGAACUUGUUUGUUUACUAACAUUUUGUUUCAUACAAAUGACAGCCGUAGAUAUUAAUCCCACAGAGAGCUACAACUCGAAUGGGGAAGAGUACGAAAUACCAGGAGCAGAAGAACUGGAGAACUUAUACAUGACCAUUGAAAAGGGAACAAUUCCGGAACUGCAAUGGCAAUUUCCUGGACGCCAACAAAUUAACACAGAAACUGUAGCUCCUAAAGUUGAACCUACAGCACCAGCAAAUACUGAAGAAGAGCCAGCAGCUAAAACGGACUUUGACUUUAGCGACGAUGUUACCCAACCACAAAUGAGAGUAAGAAAUCAAAAUUCUACUCCAAAGUCUACGAAAAAGAAAAUUGCAAACUUCGCCGGCGUUAUGGAAGUGCUCAAAAAGAAAAACGCAGAAGGAUCAUCCUAACAAAACGAAUACCUUACAAAUAUAUCGGUUUACGUUCAGUCAGAAAAUAUAUGUAUAAUGUGGUUAGAAUUACUUAUUACACAACUUUUUGGAGUAUAAAAAAAACUAUUUUCAAUUUGCAUCAUACUUUAAUUAAACUCUAAUGUUCUAAAAGAAAGACAAUACAGCUGACGACUAACAGAAAUUACAAAUUUCGUAUCUGAUUAAAUAAAAAGGGUAUGAUUUCCAAAGCAUAAAUGCUUCUUAAUAAAGGUACAAAUAAAAAUAGAAUUAAACAUU